AUGUUCGCGUUGCCGAGUGCCAAACGGGUCUGUCGCGAGGACUUGAAAUCCCCAGAGUCGUCUCGUGCCUCGUCCCCGGAGAGCGCAGCGGCUACAUACGCUGCGACAGCGUUGGAGAGGGUGUUCGCAUCGUUCGAAACGUUCAAAACUUCAACUGCUACUGAGCCAACCACUUCGACGGACCAAGAUAACCUGGCGGAGGAUCACCAUGAUGAUGAAGAGGAAGAACAAGAGUUUGAAUUCCGGCUUUUCAGCUCCGUGCCUGCUCAAGAGAAACGACCUGGACAAACCAAAACGAAGCCCGACGAUGCUACCGGCACGGGUAGCCUGGGUGGUGUUCAGAAAUUGAAGAUACGGCUACGGUCUCCUUCGCCAGUAACCGGUCCGCGAGGCGAUGGAGGCUUCAUAGUUCCCUUUCGAGGCUGGGACUACUAUUUUUCCAACCCGGAGCUGGUCAUGCGGGCUGUUGGUGAUACCACAUCGCAAAAGGAAAAACAGAGUAGCGAGCUGGAUAGACAAUUAGAGAUGCUGAAGGAAACGUUUCAAGAUGCGGCAAUGGACGGAAACACCAUUCUUGCCCGUGCAGUUUCAGGGACAUGGCCUGGCUGCCAUCUCCCAUGGCGAGUAGUGCAUCUCCCAGCACCCAGAGUAAAAUCGACAUCAAACAAUACAGCGUCCACGUCAAAGUCUAAAACGCCCUUAUCCAAGAGGAAGAAACCAGGGAAGAAGCGGCGAAUAGCUUUGCGAAAGAAUGUGACGAGUAAACAGGCAGCCGAAGAAGCAGAGAAAGAAAAGAGAAAUCGAAAGAACCGAGAAAGGAAGAUCAAGCGGAGACAAAAGGAGAGAGAUAAGAAGGCUGCGGCGAGGGCGGCGGCAGGCGAUGCUGCUUCUACAGCUGAUGCCGAUGAGUCGUCAUGA